AUGUAUCCACAAAACCUCCUAAGAGCCAUCGUCACCAUUCCAAAACAGACUUAUAGUGAUGCAAAUCACUUGCUUGACCUAUCGUAUAUUUCUCCAAGAAUAAUUGUCGCCGCAGGUCCAUCCGAUGAUGCGUUUGUGAAUCUCUUCAGAUCACCAAUUAACAAGGUGGUGGAUUACCUCAAUAAAAACUAUGUAUUUGAAGGCGAUGUGCAUUGGCACAUUUGGAACCUCCGAGGUGAAGGGGUGGGGUAUAACGACAAAGUUGUGGAUGGAAAUUGGAGCCACCACCCAUUUCCAGACCACAUGCCUCCAACUAUCGAAUUGAUAGAUCGAAUUGUCAAGGAAAUCUACCAGUUUCUUUCUUCAAGCUCCAAAAAUGUAGCACUUAUCCAUUGCAAAGAAGGCAAGGGCCGAUCUGGUACUAUAUGCUGCUCGUACUUGAUGUAUGAGGCUAAAUUGAAAGGCAUCUAUCUCAGUCCAGAAGAGGCUGUAGAUAUGUUUACCAAACACCGAAUGAGACGGUAUUUCGGUGAAGGAAUUUCUAUUAAAAGCCAACUCCGGUUUCUUCACUACUGGAAACGAUACCUUCAGUUUGCCAAAGAAAUGCAGAUUAACUUCGAUGUGUACAAUCUGGGAUCCUCAGUUCCGUAUAGUGAACAGAAUUCGGUAGUAACCAAAAUCACCAUUUUUCGUCCUUCUCUGUUGCUUGUUUUGAGCAAAUUGCAAUUAUCGUCUUAUGUAGAAACUGCAAAUGGCCUCCAGGUGGUUCCCAUCAUCGAUCGCAAGCUCAAGUUUCCAAGCAUUCAAAGCUCAACAUGCUACUAUGAGGUUGCCUUAAAUAUCCCCAUUAGCAAGAAUUUGAAAAACAUCAUGGUCAGCUUUAAAAAGCAGAUUUGUUUCUCAUACUUGUGGUUUAAUGUCUAUUUUGAGACAUUGGGAUCAGUAAAUCGGCCACUUCCCACUAUUGAAUGCGAUUCCAUCAUUCCUUGUCGAAGAAUCUUCAAUUGGAGCGACUUUGAUGGUUACAAGGGCACACAAAACAAGAAAAUGCCCCGUUUAUUUGAUAGAUUAGAAGUGCAGUGGAUAUUCCACUAUCGUAGUCAUUACUGA